UUGAGUGGAAGUGACAAUGCGGAAAUGCAGAAGGAGAUGAUUCGUCUGAUGAUGGAGAGAUACCCCACAGACAGCGAGGAGAUCAAUAUGUCCACAGACACCUUCGGAGCACUGGCUACUUCUGCCAAGUAUGGAAUAGUGGUGAUCAGUGGCACAGGACACAAUACUAUGCUCAUCAAUCCCAAUGGGGAGUCACAUAACUGUGGCGGGUGGGGACAUAUUCUAGCGGAUGAGGGAAGCGCCUACUGGAUUGCGUGGAAGAGCGUGAAGACGUGCAUGGACCAUGAUGACAGACUGGAGCUGAGCGAGUACGACCUCUCCUACGUCAAACAGAAGAUUUGGGAGUACUUCAAGCUCUCCUCUUGGUUUGACGUGCAGCCCUACUUCUACAAGAUGGAGAAGAGCUUCGUGGCCAGAUUCACCCUGGAGGUGCUCAAAGGAGCCAGAGAGAAGAGGGACCAGUUCUGUCUCCAUCUGUUCUACUUGGCCGGAUGGUACUUGGGCAGGUCUAUCGUGGGCAUAUGUGCAAAAGCAGACCCUGCACUGUUCUACAAUGGGAAGUGUAUCCAAGUGCUGGCAGUCGGCAGCAUCUUCAAGAGCUUCGACCUCCUCAAACAGGGUUUUCUCGAAGGUCUCAAGCCCAAAUAUCCCUCUGACGUCACACUGACAGGAAUCAGAUUAGUUCAAUUGACAGUCGACAGCUCAAUUGGGGCAGCUCUUCUAGGCGCCAAACACGUGAAACGAGAACUGCCGAUAGAAUACGAAAAGAACGUCGACGUCCUCUUCGAAACGCAAUUUUAGCCUCUAAUGCACGAUGCCUUCAUUCACAAAAAGUGGCUCAAAUGAAUCUUGAAUAUAAAUGCUGUCAAAGUUUUGUACAUCAAUCUUUUUCGGGGGAGAUUUCGAAGUUUCCUUGCUGGAGACGAUCCAUUUUCGACUAAUUUUGGGAAACAAAAAAUCGAGAUAUUUCCAAAUUUUCAGUAUCAUUUAACAAUGUUCGCCAAUGUAAAUGGGAUUUGAUAUGUCGUUUUUUAAAUGAAAUUGUUAAUUUAACUAAACAGUUUGUAAAUAGCUGGUUGCCUUCUAUCUUCUUUCUUGUGUAUGAUAAAAAAUAAUACAAACAAGAAUUAAUUAUAA